AUGUGCCAAGUCUGCAAAGCCAUCAUUCCUAUCGCUAAUAAGGAAAAACAACUGGUUGUCAAGUGCCCAUCUUGUGGUGAGGCUACGCCUAUUAAAGGUCCACCAAUGGGCAAACAAUACGUUCGUUGUCAGUGCAAUUGUCUACUAAUAUGCAAAUCAACUGCUACUCGAGUUGGCUGUCCAAGGGACGACUGUCAACGUGUUAUCAACCUUAACGGCCCGAAUGCAUCUGGUUACCAGGCCGGGGACUCAAAUACGGAAGGAAUUGGCGGGGCUGGAGGUAGUGGAGGCAUCGGAGCAAGCACGUUUCCUAAUCGCGGUGGGUUUCGCGUUACUUGUGGUAACUGUCAUCGUCCCUUUUCCAUCCCCACACCCCAGUCCUAUCGACCUAAUACCUUCGGAGCCGACUUCGUCAAUCGGUUGGUCAGCUGCCUCUCCGGUGGCGCGGCAUCCAAUGUUAGCGGCCUAAUCGCUGCUCGGUGUCCACAGUGUCGCAAAGUCACCUCUAUUGGACAGGCCUACGCCCGUACUCGAUGGGUUGGCUACUUAAUUCUCACUCUUAUCUUCCUCGUCAUUGCUCUUGGUGUAACCUUUGGUACUGCAAAUACUGCAAAAUCGCAACAUGGACUAUACUUUCUUUGGUCAGUUCUCUACCUUCUUGUGCUGGUAUUCGCCAUUCGCAGCUUCAUGUUCUUCAGAAUGCCCAUAAGCGCACUGGAGCUUCCUGUGAUGCACGCCUAG